AUGGCCGACCAGCUCACCCAGAUACCCGCCUUGGUUACACCCACACUUCAGCGUCACAACAAGAGACGCCGCUCGACAUCGAUUGCGCCAGAGCAAGCUGUUUUCCUUCCUGGCGCCGGCCCAUCGAACGAUGAGAACAAUCCGACAACCACUCCACACAGACAGCGCCACCCCGACGACACCACUACACAUAAGCGCACGAGGAAAGCCCAUGGGGUCAAGCGCCGACGUAUUGCUGGCGACUUCAAUCCGGUCCACAGCCCUGGUUCCCCCCGUUCAUCCGACUUGAAAGAGGUGCGAUCACAGAUUGCGCCGACUGCAAACCCAUCAAGCAUUGAUCCCGUCUCAGGCGGAGAUGAACCCUCCAAAGACAUCACCGCCCUCCCGGUCGACUACAUAUCAUCUCAACCCAACCCCAUUACCAACACUCUCAAGCAGACUCCCCAGAUACCAGGUGGAGACCGCAAGAAGAAGUUCAAAGUCUGGGAAGACGAGCCGCAGCCGUCUAAGCCAGAAGACCCAACACCAGCCGCCGCAAAGUUGCUGCAAUAUAUCACCAAUACCGGAGCUCAACGCAGGUGUCGCCGCGUAGAGGGACAUACGCCGCGGUUCCGCGCGCAAGAGGCUGAUUACUAUUAUCACCCCAAUCUCAAGGACUUCCACUUUCCACAGGGCGUCGCCCCACCCACUGAGGAGGUUAUCGAAAAAGCGGCUCAGAGUGAGCCUGACGCGCCCACCGCAGAAGCAGAACAGGAGACCCAAGACGCACAGCUUGACAUUGCACAGUCAUUGAAGCGGAAAGCCGAUGACGAUCUUCGAGAGCGCGGUGCAGAGAAGCUGAGGAAGCUUAAUGGCCAACAACCUUUGCCUUGGAUAGUCCAUGGCAAGAUCCGACAUGAUCCAGUUCAGGACUUUGCGACUGAGUACUUCACCAUAUUCACACCGCCGCUAUCCUCAGCAUCUGCGGAAGACGUGCUCUAUGCGGUCAUACCAGACCUGAUCCAGAAAGAGAUCGAUACAGCGCCUGAGACAGUUGAAGCUCAACAACUACCAACACCCAUCUCCGAGCCCGUAUCCAACGAGGUGUUGUCGCCUCCUAUAUACUACAACCUGAACCCAUCCAGCAUAGUCCAUGUCCCGGGGAACGAUGAGCCAGCCCUGGAUAAACUAGAGUCAGGAUCUCUAGAUUUGGAUGCUAUCUUGAUGGGAAUGACACAAGAUUAUGCAUCCCCCACCGUCGAGGAAGAUGUUUCAAAAAGAUUCGGUACCUACAAAUCACCGCCACCACAAGACGAUGAAAUACCUGCCGGAAAGAAAGCUGCAUUCGCUGGCUUUGGUACUUACCAACCACCGCCACAAGUCGUUGCUGCUACAUCUCCAGCGGUCGAAAAAGACGCAUUUAAAGGGUUCGGUACCUACAAAUCACCGCCACCAGAAGACAAAGAAUUCCCCGUCGUCAACAAAGAUGCAUUCGAGGGAUUUGACAGGAACAAUCACGCCAUCAUCAAGACGGGCGUAGCCUACAGCCAGAGUUAUGACCCAGGAAACCCGCGGAACUUCAAGCACUACCUCGCUCAGUUCACCGAUCGACCUGCGGUUCCGCGACCACGAGAGCGCGAGUAUCGCCCGAUGCCCGAGAUGUUGGAGAUCGAGACUCUGAACCAGCGAUUAGACUGGGUAGUCCCGAAUGGAGCAGAAGCUCCCCAACUUUUCCGCGACAUGCCAGCACCACCACCUCACAUCGACUCAGAGUUAGCUCGUUGUGUUCGCUUCGCCCAGUCCGACGCGCAAGGACGCGUUAACUGGCGAGCGCAUCCCACCCAUGUCGCCGAAAUCAUCCAGCGCACCAAUUUCUACGGAAUGGAGUUGCUGGUCAGUCGGAGCGAAAUGCGCAUCUCGUCACCUCCGACGGCGGACGAGUUCGAGCUAGCCAUGGCAACUCGACUUGCGCAUGUGUCUUUUGGUAUGGACACGAAGGACUACAUUGCGGCCGAUGUGCCAGCUAUCGUAGAGUACUUCUCGGAGAAUCUUCCAUCGGCGAUCAGCGUCUUCCCAACAGAAGAGGAAGACUGCUUCCGCGCCUUCACGGACUAUUAUCGCGUGAUGUUCGAAGAGAACUAUCCACCACUGACUGCUCUCGGCUUGCCAGAAUGGCAAGCCUUACUGGAUGCGGAGAAGGGCAAGCCCUCUCUUAAAGCACAGACCCUGCAAGGCAUCGUCCAGUCCAUCAAAGGACUGGCUUCACACUGUCCUGGCGAUACAGGCAGAACAGAUAUUCUAAAAGAUCAAGUGUCUCACGAGAAGCCUGACACGGAAAACGAGCACCUCAGCAACGCUCGUCGGGAACUUGGCCAGACCCUUGGCGUGGGUAGAGACAGCUUCGCCGGAGACCUACAGUGGCCCGAUCACCUGACCAACGCCGCUCUCCCUAGCGUGGCUCAGAGAGAGGAAGUGCCGCAUUACGAUGCAAACCAAUUUCCUUACUGGAACAACACAGAAGUGCCAGGAGAACAUACCCAUCCUUUCGUACCCGAAGCAAAUGCAAGGGUUGAAGAUGUGCACGGCGAUUACUAUAACCCAGAGGGCUGGUCUCGCAACGAUCUGAAUGCGAUGAUGCCGUGGGAUUCUGGGCUGGAUACCAUACCAUCAGGCUUCAGCGCAGCUCCAUUGAACUAUGGCGCUAUGGAGCAUUACUUGAAUCCGUCGACAUUAGACGCUUUCAACGACGCUGAGCCGGAAACACUGUUGUAA